AUGGUUGCGUUGCUGUCGUUGCUGCGGUCCGAUUACAAACAACAUCAGACGGGGAAGAAGGGUGGACGCGGAUCGGCGAGCGCCGGGUCCAGAGGCGGAAGCGUGGUCGUCGCGGGUCGCCGGGUUAGCAGCAACGCUGGAGACAGCAACAGCUAUGACAGCGGGACGGAUAACAACCCGCGGACAGCGUCCACCCGCGAGGUCGUGUUCCCGGACUCGUUCGAGGUGCUGCCGCAGCCUAGGGACCUGAGCGUGGUCUACAUGGGCGUGCCCCACGAGCAACAACGGAAGUUCAGGUGUCGCUUCUGCGGGAAAGGCUACCGAUGGAAGAGCACGAUGCGACGCCACGAGAUGGUCGAGUGCGGCGGCAAGCCGCCAGCCUUUCAGUGCCCUGAGUGCCCGUACAAGGCCAGGCAAAGGGGAAACCUGACCGUCCACUACAAACGACACCAUCAGAAAAUCGGCUAUGACGAGGGCGCCUAA